AUGGUCCAGUACCCGGCCGAGUGCAGGCUGGCGCCUGCCGGAAGCGCAAAAUGGCACCCGCAGCCCAGCUCCAAGACAAAGCUCGAUGCCACACCUCCAGCAGCAGCAGCGAGCAGGAUGAGCUCCCAGAGCGUUAGCUCUCAACAACCGCGAACGGCGCCCGCCCCAUCGCCGUCGCACGCCCUCACCCAUGCCCUCCGCCGCGACUGCAACAUCGCCGCCCACGCCUUUGUCGUCGUCGGACUUGACGAGAGGGGCGACGCCUUCGUCUUUCCCUCCGACAAGUUUGACGACCUCCGCCCGCAGCUGGCCCGCACGCCGCAGUGGCGCGACCUUGUCUCGCACGUUGAGAGCCUGCCGCCCCAGUUUGUCCGCGGUGGCCCGCAGGUCUACGCCAGCGACGAGCCUGCACCGCCGGAGUGGGUCGAAGACGCGAGUCAAGUGACGACCGACUCCGAUGAAAGCCGCCAUGCGAGUUUCUCGCAGCCCAAUCAGCGCGUGCGUAGUCAAGAAAAGUCCAAGGUCAAGAUCAAGAGCCCGGCUGCCGAGCCCCUCCGCUCGCGCAAGCGCCAGCGCUCCACCUCGCGCAACCAGAGUCUCGCCGAGGAUGACGAUGACGAAAACGAGGACUGGUCCGAUGCCGUCGGUGCCGACAUUGAGCCUGAAGAGCAGCAAGUCGUGCGCUUUCCCAUUGAUGAUCGCUCUCAGGUGCUCGACAUCCUAGGCCGUCGCCUGGAUCAAAUGCAACAGCUUGCGUGCAAGGUCAUUCUCAAGGCAUGGAUCAGGGCGAUUGAACCCAAAAAGCAAUCCAACUAUCCUUAUGUCGGCAGCGACAAGAAGAAGAGGCAGGAUCCGGAGAAGAACACCCAGAAGAAGCGCUCCAAACCCAAGGACGGCCCAGCUGCUCCCCCGUGGUGGCCGACGACCCACGAAGAUUGGUGGAAGUCGAUGCCGCAUCCCGAGUGUGGAACGAUGGAUGAAGUCCGGCACAAGGAGCCUGACCAUCUUAGGAAACCCGAACGCCUCGUCCUUGGUGUCCACAUCCUGUUACACCAAGCCCAGAAGGAGGGCGGCAUUGAACUCUUGGAGCACUCCACCAAGGACUGUGUCCUGCAGUUCGAUCAAGACAACCACAAUGGCGACGACCGAAAGGGAAAACGCGAUCUGUUCUUGAACGACAUCUACAUGCUUGCGCAGAACUGGUCUGACUUCGUGACGGGCGGCGUUGACGGUGACACCAUGGUCAGCAUGAAGUGCUACCCCAAGCACGCUCUCCAAAACAAGAAAGCCAGUACCGGUUCCUCGCGCAAACGACAGCGCCAGGAUUCGUCUGUCGAUACUCAAGAGGUUCAGGAAGUCCAAAAGUCGCACCACGGUCAGGAGCAAGAAGACUUGGUCCAAUCGACGAGGGCUUUGGAGAUUGAGAACCAAGGUUGGGACUACUCUCACCCCAACGGCCUUCCGGACCCAACGCCGCAGCAAGUGAACAGCUUUUUCCCGGCGAGCAGCAACGAAUUCCGGGGCUAUGUGCCGCCAGUCGGAAAACCCUUUUCCGAUGCAAGCGAUUUGCAACCUGCGUACCAGCAGGCGUCCAUGAUGCCUCCACAGAUGUACGACGACAGAUAUGGCUUUGAUGCGAAGCAACCUUCGAACUACGUAGACAACCCUACCUACCCAAUGAGUCGGGAUCCAAGCUACGUCAGUCAGCCCUCGAAUUACAAUGAUUGGCGAACAGUCCAGUCCAAUCCAUCCUUCUCUCCCUCGUCGACGGCCUCGCUGGCACAAAGCUCGAACACCUCCUAUGCCACCCCAUCCAGCACGAACUUCCCCGGUGCCGUCAACUUUUCGUUUGGCAACAACCCUCAACUCUCGCCCCAACACAACUACAGCCCGGGUCCUCAGGUUGGCAGCAUGUCGGCAGCAUCUCCUGCCAUGGGUCAGCCCAUGCCCGUAUCAGGGGCCAUGCCCGUAAUGCCCGGGAUACGGAGUCAGUCGAGUACCUACGACGAGCCGCCGUACAGCAACACGUUUCGCACCGGGUCUUUGAGUCAUCCGAACAUACAGUACAGCAUGAACGGCUCUUACCAUGGCUCGGAACUCCUUUUGAUUCGGCCUCUCCCUCGCACGACGGGUCCCGUGUUUGACGAAGUUCACGACAGCGUUUCCUCGAAUGACCUGUAUAAUUAUUACGACGACAUGACCGAUUAG